UUGUAGAGUGGAGAAACAUCGCUCUCCUCUCUGAGUGAAUGACGGAGAGCCGUGUUACGUAUAACUGAUACUUACGUAUAACUGACACUACGUAUAACUGACUCUUACGUUUUUUGUUAUUUCCAAAAAAAAUUCGCCCGCGCUGCAUGUGUGUUCGCUUACUUCGCUUACCAUUCAGAAAAACAUCAACACAAAGUAUGGAUAUUUGAUAGGCAGAGUGACCCAAUGAAAAGCUAUUUGUUUGGGAAAAUAUUCAACCAUUUUCGAAUGUUUUAAUAACUCGGCGACAGGUUUCAUUCGAUUCGGAACGGUUGUUGUUGUUUUAGUGAAGCACACCUACUAAAAUACAAAACCACUCACACACACGCGAAACAUACACACGGUUGUGAUUUGGCGCGCUCUCUGUGUGCGUGUGUACAUACAACAAAAAGCAAAAAGAAACGAAUUUCGGAGUGCAAAGAAACAGAAAACGGCAAGCGAGAAAAUCGGAAAGCCAAAAAACCAAAACAGUGCAAGUUACAGUUUUCACAAAACCAGGAAAAACAAGAAAAUUCAAUUUGAUUCCGAAGAUUUUAGCCUGCGAGUGUGUGUGUGUGCAGCAGCAAACAAAUACCAAUACCAACCUACGGCCAGGAAAGAAGAAGAGAAGCAGCGCAAAGCAGAAGAAGAGAGAUGAUGUAAACUUUGUUGUAACCAAAAAAAAACAACAAACAGUAACGAAUAAAGCAGAGAAAAGAGGAAAACGGGAAAAGUUGUACUUCGAAAUCUUGCAGUCUUCGAGUGAUUUUGAGAAUUCUUCAAAAUGCCAGAAACGGAGCAGGAGAGUUGCAACAAGGAGUGGCUGCAGUCGCAGCUGAGAUCCCUGGACUCCAAGGAGCUGAUUCUUCUGGACUGUCGGGGCUCCCACGAGUACAGUGAAUCGCACAUCCGCGGGGCCGUGAACCUCUGCAUCCCCAGCAUCGUCCUGCGGCGCCUGGCACUCGGAAAAAUCGACCUGGCCUCCACGAUCAAAUCGCCCGAGCUAAAGGAGCGCAUCCAGACGGGCUACAAGCUCUGCUGGUUCAUCUUGUACAACGGCGAGGGCGUGGCCAGUCAGAAUCAGGAGGUGGCAGGAGCCGGUUCCUUCGCCGUCGCCAUGGACUCCAUCAUCAGCAUCCUGCACCGUCGCCUCAAACAGGACGGCUGCCGAGUGGUUGCCCUUCAAGAUGGCUUCUCCAGUUUUCGCCAGGCAUUUCCGGAAUGGUGCGAGGAUGAUAAUCAGGCGCACAACAAAGAAAUGGAAUCUAGUCGCAACGUACAGACCGAUCAGUUAAUGGGUCUAAGGUCCCUACGCAUUUCCACAACGCAUUCCGAUUCCGCGUGCAGCAGUUCGGCUGAAUCUUCGGAUUGCGAGAGCACCGGCCACCAUCAUCACCACCACCAUCAUAAUUUCAACGAGGCGCCUGUGGAGAUUAUUCCAGGAUUAUUGUUCCUGGGAAAUGCCUCGCACAGCUGCGACUCGAAUGCAUUGCAAAAGUACAACAUUAAGUACGUGCUGAAUGUGACACCAGAUUUGCCAAAUGAGUUUGAGAAGUCGGGCAUUAUCAAAUAUCUGCAAAUUCCCAUCACCGAUCAUUAUUCACAAGAUUUGGCCAUGCAUUUCCCAGAUGCCAUACAGUUUAUAGAGGAAGCGCGGUCCGCCAACUCGGCAGUGCUGGUCCACUGCCUGGCCGGGGUUUCGCGCUCGGUGACCGUGACGCUCGCCUACUUGAUGCACACCCGUGGCCUGAGUCUCAACGACGCCUUUAUGAUGGUGCGGGACCGGAAGCCGGAUGUGUCGCCCAACUUCCACUUCAUGCAGCAGCUGCAGUCCUUCGAGAGCCAACUGCGCUUGAGUCCGGGUGACGAGCAGGCGAUGGACGAGUCCGGGAUGAUGGGCCCCAGUGUGGUGGGUCUGGUACUGGGCCCCGCAUCCUCCGGCUCUGCGUCCAAUGUCCUGGCGACGAAUCCCAGUGUGGUGGCCUCGCGUUGCGGACGCGGCUCCAAGUUCUCGUGCAAUUGCAUUGCGCCGGACUGCAAGUGCAUGCAAACCGGCGGCUUUAUGGCCGCCCACUUGGCCAAGGCCACGGGGGUUUCGCCGGACUCCGGCAUCGAGUUCGACCGCUGGACCCCGUCAGACACGGGUCUCAAAUGAGAACAGCUGGGCGGUAAGAGUUUCGUGCUGCCGCCAAGUCAGGAGAUCCUUGCUGCGGCCGUCGCCACAUCGCCGCCGCCCAUUUGCCUGGCGGUAAAUCCGGAUAACAUGUCCCCGGCCAGCACCACCAGUUCGUCCACAUCGACCACGACCACGGCGGAGGCGGUUUCCGUGGUGGAGGUGGUGCAGCAUCGCGAUCAGGAAAUGGCCGAGGAGGACAUUGAAACCGGCGGAGAAGACGAUGAGGAGGCGGCCUAAGCGGCAAAGCCUUUCCCAACUUGGUUCUCACACAAAACAUCCGUUCGAACACAUACAUAUGAGCCGCUUAUUCAAUAGGGGUACGAAUUCAAACUUUAAACCAUGUACAAAGUCUUGAGGAACUACCCAACGUACACAUAUUAAUUAAUACCACAUAAAUAAAUUAAUGUUUAGUACAUUUUUAAGGUCAGAUACAAACAAAAUCCAAUGUUAUCCACACGCAAACCAACUACAACUAUACAAAAAGAAUGAAAAUACUAAAAUAUAUAAAAUAUAUUUAUAUAUACGCAGUGUACAUGUUUGUGUUUAACUCCUAAGCCAAGUCAAGAGAAUAAAUAUAUACGAAAGCCGAAGCAAAAAUAAAAAAUUUAACUUUAAACCGAUUUUCUAGGCAUAUAGUUUUAUUUUUAGUUUUAAAUUUUUACUAAAACUCGAAAUCGUUUAUAAAUGUACAAUUUGUUAGAUGCGGAGCGAUGGGCCGCGAAAGGGAGACCCAUUAUAUAAAUAUACCUACCACUUAAUUACCGAAUGCCAAGUCAUAUAAUUGUAAAGUGAACUAAAAUCCCGAAUAUCGAAGAAUUUUUAAAAUUUAAAACAAAACAAAAAACACUAAAACAAAGAAAAUAAAAUUCAACCAUUUGCACAACACAAAUAACCACACAAAAAACUUUUUGCCAAAAAGCAAAACAUUUUUUAUGUUUUUUUAAAGGGUGGUCUAAAAAAUAUUGGCACAGACCAUAAAAGUAUGAGAUUUUAGGAAGGAUUGAAAAUAUGUCUAGAUUGUAGAAAAACACAUUCUACUAAUGAUAUGUUAAAGUUGGAGAACAGCAAGAUGGAAAUAAAUGAAAUGAUUAAUUUGUUAUGUAAUGGAUAUGAAUAAAGUUGUAUGUCAGCUGUUUUCCAGUCAGGCAAUGUUGGUACAAAAUUUUAUCAGGUGACGUUUCAAGAAACAAAACAAAAACCAAACUAAAUCUGAAGAAUGGUUUACAUGUAAUACAAACAAGAAAAAAAAAACUAAAAGUAAAAUAAUCCCAGAAACUUUUUUGGAAAAAGAAGGCUGUGCGCAAUAUAAAAACAAUAUAUUUAAACGUAGAGGAAAGCAGAGAUUUAAUACACAAUUUGAUAUAAAAAAGGUUGAUAUGCCAGAAUGGAUUGGUUAGUUGGAUUCAUAUGACGGUGAAAAACUUUCUUUGGCCCAAGGCUUGGAUUGGUUUCUAGCCAAAGCUCGACUGAUUCGAUUUGAUAACGAUGGGAGGGAUGGUCAUGUGGUAAGUGAAAUGGUCAGAAUAUUCUAAAUUUUAAAGCUCAGGAACUAAGUGCAGCCCCUUCAAAGGGUGCGCAAGAGUGCGAUAUAGAUAUGCUUUGGGAAAUGUAGAACAAAACUCGAGUUGCGAGUUCAGAGUCCAUAGAACUCAUCAUCCAAUAUCAUACCAUAGAAAUUAUGUCCACUUUGAAGAGUUUUUAAUUGUAAAGCAACCGACGUUGCUAAACGGGACUAGUUUUGAUUAGAGAAAUGGCUUUAUUUAAGCAAACGAAUGAGUUUUUAUUAGGCAGCUAAAUACGGAUUGAAGUUCCUGUUGAAAAGGAAGCUUGCUAAGCUAGUUGCUCUAGCCCAUAAGAUUUUUGCAUGUAAACCCCUACGAUUUUGAACGAGCUUUCCCAGCUAAGCGCCAAAAAACUGGGUAAAAUAACUUAAGCAUUAUACAAAAAUAAAAUGCCAAUUUAAUGUUGAAAGCCUCAGUCAGUAUAAAAUAACUAAGAAUACAAUUAUGUACUUUUGAAUGGCAUAGAAUACGUGUUUUAAAUCAAAUGCGAAAUUAAAAAAGUCCCAACAACCCGUAAAUAAUUGUGCGCCAAACGUUUUGCCACUUAAUAAAUUGAGAUAACGGAAAAUGUAUUAAGAAAUGUCUGCUGAUCCAUGUGACAAAUUCCAAUUUUUUGAACGGCACUAAGCGAUCCACUUUUUACAAGCGAAUGCAAAUGGAUUCAAAACUCGGCUGCCAGGCAGCGCAUUUGUUGCUAAUGGGCUAAUUGCUGAGAUUAUUUUUCUUCUUUGGUUUUUGUUAGCGUAAGAUAAAAAAUUUUACAUAUUGUACAUCUGAGUGUUGAAUUUUUCCAUCAAUGUUUAGCACCAAGAUAAUGAGAAAAUUAAGCGACAGUGCCAACACAAAAAAAAAGAAAAAACACCCAAAAAUAAGUAUUUAAAGUUUAACGAAAAUCGAAAUUGUACCUUGAGAAAGUCCAACAAACAUUAUUUGUGGCGGUAGCACUGGAACCUCCAGUUGCUAGCAAACCAAUCGAUAAAUAGUCAAACAAUAAAGAAGAUUACCCUUCUGUCAACGUUUAAGGACGAAUAUUCUAUAGCUACCUAGUUGUGUUUUGCACAUUUUGUAAACUUUACAACACGAUGAAGGAAAACCGAAUAUAUAAAUAAACGACAGCCCCGCAGCGUUAUAUAUAUAAAAAAUAUACUUAUACAGGAUACAAGAAAAUAACUAAUAAACCGUUUUUAAAACCCGUGAACAAACUACA